GCCACGUUCCAAGCACGCGAACUGGAAAUACAGACCAAGGUGUCGUCUGCGAUAAAGAGGAAAGGAAAAAAAUCCAGAAUUGUUUAAAUUGUAGAAGAAGAAAUUAGAAACCUAUUUUUGUAACAGAUAGUUUAGAAUAACUUUUGAGAUGAAAUUCGGCGUGCAUAUUAUCAUAUUUCUGUUGGUGGCCUGCUUUGAAGUGUCAGCGAGUCAGGAUUUAACAGAAGACAGCAAACCAAGUUUUAUCAUCUCUGCCUUGUGCACGAUACGCGGUAAACUCGUGAAAGAAUGCGUCAACGAACUACAAUCGCUGAUGAUGCAAACGCUAUAUUCACAUAAUAGCUUUCGGAAAAGAAUGAAAUCAGCUGUUAGCAGCGAGGAUUCGGUGAAAAUGGGAUUACCCAACAAAAGACGAAGGGAUGAAAUGGACGGUUUCUAUAGCAACUGGUGACUUAAUGGCGUCCCCGCCUGGCUGUAUUGUAUCCAGUCAUUAAAGGACUAGAUGAAACUUAAUAAAAAAAUGAAUAUUUUCAUUGGAGUGGUGCCUGUGUUCAUACUUUUGACGCAUAAUUAAACAUAAUUUUUGUACAUA